UCCCUUCCAUCUUGUGGCUUUAACUAGUUGACAACCUGAAAACCACAACCACCACCUCAUUCUUUGGACUCCUUAAAAGCUAAAUCCUUCUUUUUUCCAGUUGAAAGGACCAAACAAGGGGUUGAGGCUUUGAAGGCUCCGGCGAAAGAGGACGAGAGUCGAACUCUUGAGUGCGGGUGUGGAGGGUGAAUGCGCUCCUCCACGCACCCUCUCUCUCUCUCUCUCACAUGUGAUGUUGAUGAUCACAAACGAGGACAAGCCUUGAAAAAGCAUAAAAGUUUUGCUCUGGUGUUGGGGAAACAAAGCAAAUCAAUCUAUCUGGCAGAGGAGGACAAUAUAAUCUCAAAGCUUCCACAGAGAAGCUGCAGCAGAUACAACUCUGGCCGACGAAUCAGACAAGUUUUCUGGAGCUGGGGCAGGCGUUGGUGCUCACUUCUCUGGCCCUCAGCCCUGUUUCAGGUGGCCUCGAUUGCAGGUGUGGUGGCUUCCGGUUGAUUAUGGUUAACCCUUGAUCCAACCAUCACUCUAUGUACAGCUGCAGCAUUCAAUCAGACCUUUGGAAUUGGAAUGUGAGCUCAGUUGUGAAGAUAACAGCAGGAAAAUCCACAUACUGAAAUUCGGGUUUCGGUCCAUCUUUGAGGAUUCGGAGUUUUUCAUAUCGAAAAUGGCAAAAUUGAGUUGCUUUUCUGCAAUUGUUAGGGGGAAGAAGAAGGUUAAGGGAGAUGAAUCUACAAGAAGUGGUGAACUGCGCAAGGCAAUUGAAACCCUGCACGUCAGGCUUCAACAGCAGCCUGUGAAAUCGUUGGAGAGGGAUGGGAAAUCGAAGCCGGAAACUUUAGGAGUCCUAAUACCUUAUGGUGUUGAGAAGAAGUACUCUUCACCUUCUAGUGGCAAUACAAGGAGCCCGAAAAGUCCUAUCGGGUGUGUUGAAGCAGUAGAAGCAGCGGCUUAUGAAGGGGAAUACGAGCACGAAGAGAGCCCCAUAGCCAGGGGAAACUCUUUUAAUGAUCACUCUGAUCUGCAACUAGAUGAAGCCAAUUCAGGUGAAGUGACUCCAUCAAGAAAGUUGGACUUAUCCGAACCUGAUUCGAGCACUCGAAGUGUUGAUAGGGUUCAAAGUGGGCAUCUUAGCGAUCCCGGGGUUGGUAAGGCGGAGUUUUGGGCAUCACCAAAGCUUACCAGAUCAUGCUCUAAUUUGGAGACUCAUAAGCAAGUGGUUAAAGAGAUGUCCUCCAAGAUGCCUGCUUUGAAGUCUCCGUCUUUCGAAGAACUGCAGGAAAUGGCUGAUAGUGUGAGGAAGGAUGUCGAUCCAGGCAGCCCUGGUUCUGUGUUAAGCCACUACAGUGCUGAUAGAGUGAUGCUGAAGAAGCAUUCUUCAAGCCAAGUUCUGCCUUCGCGAAGUCGAAAAUUGUGGUGGAAGCUGUUCCUUUGGAGCCACAGGAAUCUGCACAGAACACGGGAUGCCAAACCAAAGACACUUAGUCCCAUUUCUGUGAACAAGCAAGGAGGGUACUCUUCAGAUACACUCGAACCAAAUCGAGCUAUGCAGUUUGGCAAGACAGAAUCACCACUAUCAUAUGGUGGACAAUCCUUGGACAAGGGGAAGAACAUUGUAGAUGACAACAAGAGCUGGGGUGGUUUUCACAUUGGUGCAUUGGACUUAUGGCCUCAGAACCAGUGGGUUGCCUUCUCGACAGAACCCUCAUCAUCUUCAAGGGUGCAAGAGUGGGUGAAAGAUCUCAGAAUACAAACCUCCAUUGAAAAUAAUGAAGAUGACCACGAGGGAAUUGUCUCCCCACAAACACCACCCACUCCUAAGACUCCAAAGUCUCCCAUGACUCCUGAGACCGCUAGAUCGAAAAGCGCCACUUACUUUAGCCGAGGUCUUGAAGAGGAUACCUUACAUGCUAAUACUGUGAUCCAGUCUCUAAAUUCUUCCUCAACAGUGGCUCACAUAUCUGGUAUGGGCAUGAAAGCUAUCCCCAACAUUUCAUGCUUCUGCAGCCUUCGGUCUGUCAACUUGUCGAACAACUUCAUAGCCAACAUUACUCCAGGGUUGCUGCCGAAGAGUCUUCACACACUCGACUUGUCCAAAAACAGGCUCAGCACCACUGAAGGACUAAGAGACUUAACCCGAUUGCGAGUACUUGAUCUCAGUUACAACCGAAUUUCUAGAAUUGGACGUGGGUUAUCAAGCUGUAGUGUAUUGAAGGAGUUAUAUCUUACCGGGAACAAGAUCAGUGAUGUUGAGGGCCUGCAUAGGCUACUGAAGCUAACAGUUCUGGACUUGAGCUUCAACAAGAUCACAACAACAAAGGCGCUGGGCCAGCUGGUGGCUAACUACAACUCACUGCAGGCUAUGAAUCUAUUGGGGAAUCCAAUCCAGAACAACAUCGGCGAUGAGCAACUACGCAAGACAGUUUGCAGUCUCCUCCCAAAGCUAGUGUACCUGAACAAGCAGUCCAUCAAGCCACAGAGGGCAAGGGGGGUAGUCACAGACAGUGUUGCCAAAGCAGCACUUGGGAACAAAGGAUGGAACCCUAGAAGAAAAUCCAGCAAGAAGCUUAGCCAGAGAAGCGCAUCGUUUAAAAAUACUCAUGCCUUGCCAUCGAAGAAAAGCUCAUCAUUUCCUACCCACGGGCACAACACCGGGGCAAGUGUUGUACAGCAAAACCUAAGCAAGACGAAGAGCAUGGUCAGAGUGUCAUCUGAACUCCCCUCUUCAUCGCAUUAGAAUUUCCAAAGUUAGGGGACUAGCAAAUAUUUUGACAUAAAAUUUCUAGGUGUGUUUCCCUUGCCUGAUAUUUUUGGUGUUUCUUCAAAAGCUGCUAGGGCUACAAAGGAUCUGGUGGUUUUCAUGUUUCAGUUUUCCAUCGUUAAUAUAUUCAGGCUGCUUUUUGUCCCAAU